AUGAAACCUUUAACAUUGCUAUUAAUAGGUUUCUUUUACUCCUUUUCUGCUGGCAGUGAUCUUGUGCGCAAGGUGCGUAAUGUGCCACAAAUCUAUUAUACACAACAGGGUCCUCCCGGUCCGCCAGGACCACCCGGCAUGCCAGGUCCUAUGGGUAAUAAGGGUCCUAGAGGUCCUACCGGUGAUAUAGGUCCUGUUGGAGCUAUGGGACCUCAAGGUGUACCAGGUCCUGAUGGUAGAGAUGGUGCUCCUGGUAUGCAGGGACCACAUGGCUUAAGAGGACGCAGAGGUUUUCCUGGAGCUAGAGGUCCACCUGGACAACCGGGACCACCAGGUUUUAUGGGUCCUCCGGGACCACCAGGUCCGGCAGGAACAUCGGCUAGAAGUAUGUUAUCAUUUAUAGAGGCUUUAGAUGAAUACGAAGAUGAAUUUUAAAAUGAAAUU